AUGGCGGUGAGACGCCUGGAGCUGGAGCUGGAAAAGGUGCGCCUACAGCUAGAGUGCGAGCGCAUUGCUCUACGGAGAGUGGAGCUCGAGCAGUCGAGCAGGCCGCCUUCGGUGUCGGAAGGAAGCGAUCGGCGCGGUGCCAUCACGGAUGGAAUAGCACAAUGUGCUAAAGUGCUUAAGGCAUACCGGUUGCCGUGUGACGCUGACGUUCCGAUAUGGUUUGAUGAGGUCGAAAAGUUGUUUACAUCUUUUCAAGUACCGGCACAUAGCCGGGUACAUUUGAUCAUGCCUGCGCUGGCCGAGCGGGUCCGUUAUCUGUUGCGUGGCCUUAAUGACGAGGAAUGUACAGAUUAUGAGACUGUAAAGAAGGCAGUAUUAGAUGAACUUAAGCUCACGCCAGCUAAAUACUUGGAGAGGUUUGAAAAGGCAUCUAAACGAAAGGAGGAAACUUGGGCUCAGUUCGCGUCCCGCGCGAGAACUUAUGUGGCCUAUUACCUUCAAUCUCGAAAUGCAAACACCAAAGAAGCUAUGACGGAGCUUAUGGUCGCUGACCGUAUGAAAGCCAGUCUAAGCUCAGAAGCCCUUGAAUAUGUUCUUUUGCGGGAGGGCGAAGAUUGGUUUAAGCCAGUGGAGGUGGCGAAAGUACUCGAGACUUUCGAGCAAGCUAAAGGGAAAGGACGAGCAACUAAGCCAGCCCCAACAGCCUCAUUACCGCAGCACGCAAAACUAGCUAGCCCGCAGAGGACAAAUUUAAAAUGUCACGUGUGUCACAUACAGGGUCACCUAGCCAGAGACUGCCCAAACGCUUCAAUAAAGAACAGCCGGGGAAUGCGCCGACUUGAAGAACCUCCACCAGAGCAAGAAAGGGUGCUAAGCGCUAGAGUACAAGUCGUAGCUCAAAAUGCUAGUUCAGGGAGGUCAAAGCUGGAUCUUAUCCCUAUCAUGUGCGGGGAUAUAGCAACGGAAGCUGUGUUAGACACAGGUAGUGAGAUAACGGUCGUCCGUAAAAGUAUGUUGCCCGUCGUUUUACAGGAGUCAUCAGGAACAGUAAGACUCGAGUCGGCAUUCGGAAAGACCAUUCGAGCUAACCUAGCUACGCUGCCCGUAGGCAUGCAUCGCCCGGGGGCUGUGAUACAACCGCAGAGGAUCGAACUGGUGUGCGCGGUUACAGACGAACUUGCAAACGGGGUUGACUGCCUGCUGUCAAAGGAAGAUUGGGAACUACUACGGGCGCGCGCUGGUCGACUACAGAGACAGAAGCCUUUGCUAUUAUUUGGGCACUCAAGAAAUUUGACUACUGGCUUUUCGGAGCAGUGGUGA